AUGUCGAACAAAUCGCAAACUUUAAUGGAUAUAUUCCAAGAGAUACUCGCGGCAUCUGGCAAUUCCUCGGACACCAAGACUAUAAAUGAGACGAGGAUCCUGUCAGCUCUUAAAGAACAGGCGUUUAAAGAAAGGAAAGAAAACAUCGGUUCGGUUCUGGUGAAAGUUGUGAGUGAUGCUCAAAGCAAGUUGAACCUAACCAUUAAACCAGAGGCCUGUAACUACUGUGAAGGAGAUUUCAGGGAGGUGGUGGAAGCCUACAACGGUAUUCACGGAUAUGUUAGCCUGAUGGUCUGCACAAUCGGCGUCCUCGCCAACACAAUGAACGUGGCGGUGCUGACGCGGCGUGAUAUGGCAGCGGCGCCCAUCAAUCGUUUACUGAAGUGGCUGGCGGUCGCUGACGUGUUCGUCAUGCUUGAAUAUGUUCCCUUUUCCAUUUACAAAUACUUGGUUCUGCCAGAGUCAUUGGAUUUCCGGUAUUCCUGGGCUAUGUACUUACUCUUCCACAUGCAUUUUGCUCAAAUACUGCACACGGCGUCAAUUUGUCUGACCCUUUCUCUGGCGAUAUGGAGAUACAUUGCCAUAAAGUAUUCAGACAGAAGCCAUAUUUUAUGUACUGAGAGGCGAUGUAGUGUGGCCAUAUUGACGAGUUUCUUAUUACCACCUAUAUUGUGUAUUCCUACAUUUAUGGUGUUUGAUAUUCACACCAAGAACGUCAGUGACGUACGGGGCGACCAUAAUAUCGCGUAUCACGUGGACUCAGACAACCAGGGCAGAUUAUACCAAGUAAAUUUCUGGGUGCAUGCCGUUGUAAUAAAACUGUUGCCAUGUUCAAUCCUGACAGUAAUAAUUUUAUGGCUUAUACGUGCCCUGUACAGUGCGAAUCAGCACCAGAAAAAUCUGCGGAACUACAGUGCAUGUCCAGCUGCUGAGAAAAUGGUCAAAAGGCAGCACAAGGCUGACAAACGCACGGAUAGAACAACGAAAAUGUUACUCGCUGUGCUACUAUUGUUUCUAGUCACGGAAUUGCCCCAGGGAAUACUUGGUCUGAUGAGUGGAUUGCUGGGAAAGUGCUUUUUCGAUAAAUGUUACAAUUUAUUCGGAGAACUGAUGGACUUCCUGGCACUGCUGAACGGAGCGAUCAACUUCAUCCUGUACUGUUCGAUGUCCAGGCAGUUCAGGCAAACAUUCAGGACACUGCUUCUCCAAAGGCAUCUUGCUCGGUUCCUGCCUCCUACUGCUUCUCACUCAGAUUCUCAUAACCAGAACACAGCAAAAACUUCAGUGCCGUGA